ACUGAUCGGUGUUGGUCAUACGGGAGGGGGAGCRGACGCGAGUCCACACGGCACAUCGCUGAUCAUUGUAGCCUACCGAGCUAGAGGUCUACUCUGCGUCCGUGUGUGGAAUUAACCCAGCGCACAGACUGGCUGGUGAUGAGGUUCGUCGUGUACACUCGACAGAGCAUUGACAGAAUCCCUCUCGAGCUGAAGAAACCGCCCCAAUAAGGACACAGGCAAGAGGGGAAGAGCAACAGAGGAGCUGGUGUCGGCUGGAACGCUGUCAUUUCGGCAAGAAUGCAUCUCUUCAGUGCCAUGUUCCUACUAGUGAUGUUAGCUGCCAUGCCCUGUGAGGCCCUCUAUCCUAGCCCAGAGGAGGGCUGGCAGAUCUACAGUUCAGCUCAGGAUGCAGAUGGGAAGUGUAUCUGUACAGUGGUGGCCCCGGCCCAGAACAUGUGUAACCGAGACCCACGCAGUCGGCAGCUCCGACAGCUCAUGGAGAAGGUCCAGAACAUCACCCAGUCCAUGGAGUUGCUGGACCUGCGGACCAACAGGGACCUUCAGUAUGUGAGGAACACAGAGAGCCUGAUGAAGGCUGUAGACGUCAAGCUGAAGACUGCCUCAGACAACCCCCGAAGCCUCAACCCCAAGAGCUUACAGGAGUUGAAGGACAAGGUGACCCAGCUGCUCCCCCUACUGCCGGUGUUGGAGCAGUACAAGACGGACGCCCGUCAGAUCAGCCGGGUGAGGGAGGAGGUGAGGAACCUGUCGCUGGUGCUCAUGGCCAUCCAGGAGGAGAUGGGAGCCUACGACUACGAGGAGCUGAGACACAGGGUCCUGCUGCUGGAGACCAGGCUCCACUCCUGCAUGCAGAAACUGGGCUGUGGGAAAUUGACCGGCGUCAGUAACCCCAUCACCAUCCGUGCGUCAGGGUCAAGAUUUGGCUCCUGGAUGACUGACACCAUGAUCCCUAGUUCAGACAACCGGACCCUAAACGACUUCAUGAAAGGCCAGAACUUCGUUCAGCACCUGCUACCCCACCCCUGGGCGGGGACCGGCCACGUGGUCUACAACGGCUCCCUGUACUACAACAAGUACCAGAGCAACAUCAUCAUCAAGUACCACUUCAGGUCCCGCAGUGUUCUGGUGCAGCGCAGUCUCAGUGGGGCCGGCUACAACAACACCUUCCCCUACUCCUGGGGAGGCUCCUCAGACAUCGACCUGAUGGCAGACGAGAACGGCCUGUGGGCCGUCUACACCACCAUCCCMAACGCMGGYAACAUCGUCAUCAGCCGCCUGGAGCCRCAGAGCCUGGAGGUGCUGCAGACGUGGGACACAGGGUUCCCCAAGCGCAGCGCCGGAGAGUCUUUCAUGAUCUGUAGCACGCUGUACGUCACCAACUCCCACCUGGCCGGGGCUAAGAUCUACUUCGCCUACUACACCAACUCCUCUAGCUACGAGUACACAGACAUCCCCUUCCAUAACCAGUACUCCCACAUCUCCAUGAUGGACUAUAACCCCAGGGAGAGGGUGCUGUACACCUGGAACAACGGACACCAGGUGCUCUACAACGUCACUCUGUUCCAGGUCAUUAAGACCGCUGGGGACUAGAGACACCAGGGGUGGCUGGUGUCAUUUUACAUCGGAGGACGGGCCUAUUGUAAUGGUCGGAAUGGAAUGAAUGGAACGAUAUCAAACAAUCAUUCCAUUGAUUCCAUUCCAGUCAUUUCUAUGAGCCGUCCUGCGUUCACAAGCCUCCAGAGACACCCAGAGCUAGCCUGGUCUCGGGUCUGUUGUGCUGUCUUGACAACUCCUAGUGUGACAUUGACCAUAUGUGUUGGAAAGAUAGCAC